AGCAGAAGACAGAUAUCACUGCUGGUAGGGCAGAAGAUAGGAGUCACUGCUGGCAAGGCAAAACGCAGAGUUCAGGGGUCGCUGCUGACAGAGCAGAGGACAGGGGUCACUGUGGGGAGAACUCAGCAGAGGUUAGGGGUCACUGCUGGCAGGGCAGAGGACAGGGGUCACUGUGGGGAGAACUCAGCAGAGGCUAGGGGUCACUGCUGGCAGGGCACUCAGCAGAACUCCUCCUAUCCCUGCACUGCACACAGGCUGGGUACAGAC